AUGCGGUCGAACCAUCCAACAACGCGCUUAGUCCGCAACUUCAGCCUCUGGCCCAGCCUAAGAGCGCGAGUUCUCCAAAUUCCCCUGUUUGGAGCUUCAGGAAAGUCGCAUCCGCCGCCGCCGCCGCCCGCAGUCAGGGAGGAAAAUAUGGCUUCUCACUUGAAUGUUUUCAGGCAACCCUUGGCCUUCUUCUCGAAUCGUCCGGUCACUGGUUUCUAUCGAGAUGGAUAUUGUAGAACAGGGGCUGCAGACUUUGGUAACCACGCCGUGGCUGGUGUGGUGACGGAAGAGUUCCUGGACUUCAGUGCUUCGCAAGGGAAUGAUUUGCGGGUAGCAGGUCUGUCCGGAGGUUGCAAGUGGUGUCUCUGCACGGCGAGAUGGCUAGAGGCGUUUCAAGCAUACAGAGACGGGAGGAUUAGUAGGAAUGGCGUCCCGAAAGUGGUGUUGGAGGCAACUGAGGAUAGUGCUCUGAGACACGUGGACUUGGAUACGUUUAGGCAAUUUUCGGCCGAACCGCAGACAAAUGGCGUGAAUGGCGUCAAUGGGGUGAACGGUGUGAAUGGGCACUGA